AUGUCUUCUAUUGUUGUGUUUUACUUUGUGCAUGUUUCGGACUGGAUUUCUUCCUUGAUUUAUUUUAUUUUAGAUCAUGGCUUUUUGACUGCUUUGAUUUUCUUAUCGAUUCCUUACAAUACUUCAUUAAAAGUAUUCAAGAUGUUCUUUGAUGAUAAAUAUGCUUAUCAAGAUUGCGAAAGAAAAUUCUUGGAUCCAAUGAAAUUUGUAGAUGCUCCAUUAAGAGACUGGAAUGAGCAUGAAGAAAUCUUACUCAUUCCACCUAUCUUGCAGAAACUCCUUUACACUGCAACUGAUUUUGAGAUACAACAAAAUGACGAGCCAUUGCUUGUUUCUAAUAUAUAA